CCUUCGUCGGCUCUCGUGCGCGUCGGACGCUGGGAUCAUGUGCUCUCUCCGAGCGGUGUCAGCGGCUUCAGGCCGUGGUUCUACUGUAUCUGAUGAGGAUUACAAGGUUAUUCUGCCCCAACUGCCAACUGGAAACGCUUCCCUGAACACUGUAUUUCUUCAUUGCGAUGUGUCUGCCAGGCCCUACCGAAUCAACGAUUUCGAAGCAGAAAUUGAGCGCCUACAAGUAGUCAAGGAUGUAGCAUCGAUCGGUGCCUACCAGAUGAAUCACGUCUGGGCGCUAACGACAUAUUCCAUGGCCGCAAAACAAGUGCUCGUAGAUGCAAAGGAACUGCGCAUCAAGGGUAAAAGAUGCCUUGUCAUCGACCCCAACGACAGUCAGGUGAGAGUCAAACUUCACUGGCUUCCUUACCAUAUCAGUGACGACGCCGUGCGAAAAGCGUUGGAACCAUACGGGAAAAUUGAAGAAAUGAGUAGAGAAACGUGGAUGACUGGAAAAUUCAAGGGAGCGCAAACCUCAUCUAGGUCGGUGACUUUGAGACUGAAACACGGAUUUACUGUCGAAUCGCUUCCGCAUCAGAUUCGUAUUCAGGGCAGCAACACUCUUGUAAUUGUGCCUGGACGACCACCCCUGUGUCUGCGAUGUAAAAAAUCGGGCCAUAUAAGAAAGGAUUGUCGUAUCCCGCGGUGUUCUGCAUGCCGCAAAUUUGGUCACGAAGCUGACGACUGCAGGAAAACUUACGCUGCCAUGACACGGGAAGACGGCGAGAACGACGACACAGAUGCGCUCAUGGAUGAGGAUGAAGCUGUAGAAUCUUUACAGCCUCGUAACAUCAAUCUUUCCUCGUGGGUGCCUGAGCCUGCAACACCAACCACGAAAAAAGAAGCUGAGGCCGACUCUCCAAUGAAGCCUGUAUCACCUGUUGUCGCUGUAACAACGGAUAAAAUCUCGGGGGAGCCCGAAGAAAAGUGCAGUGUAGUGCUUCAAGUUCCGUGCCCUUCAGUGCCUGUGGAGACGCCGACGGCGUCUAAAGUGAGCUACCCAGCAGAACUAGAACGCCUCGAGACGCCCGUGGCGUCUGACGACGCAAUAUCUGCGACAGAAGCAGGGAUUGCGGACUUAGGAGCGGAAUGUCCCAAGACGCCAGCGGCGUCUGAAGCCCCGUACCUUCCAAUGGAAGCGGAGACGCCAGAGGUGUACCAUUCCCUGGAGUCUGAGCCGGAGGACGCAAGCAAUAGGGCCACAAGGAUGCCUGAGUUUGGUUCGGACGAGGAUGAAGGCACAUCAGGGAGCAUUACAGAGAUGAGAAGCAUGGCGCAAAAAGUAAAAUCGAAAGCGGCCAUGAAGAGGAACCGUGUUACCACGGCUCCUCGGAUACCGCCCGUGGAAAAACGUCACAAGCGCUCCUUGUGAGCCGGAAAGACCACGCCUCAAAGGUAUGCAUCAUUGGCCGGAGUAUCGGCAGUUUUAUCACUAUGGCUUACUUAAAGCUAGCAACCUUUAACUGCGUGAGCUUGGUCGCACGCUGGAGGAAGCAGUGGUUUCUCAAUCUUCUACUGCAAGAAAAUGUUGACAUUGCGUUUAUUCAGGAGACAAAACUUUCAUCGAGUGUGCAGUUGGAAGAGAUGGACCACUUUGUUCGUAACCAUUACUCGUUUUAUUUUUCGCCUGCUUGUGGUUACAGCGGAGGGACGGCAGUUUUGGUGAAGAAACACUCAGCGGUACUAGUGUACCCCGAGUGGGACAAGGACCGAAACGGCCGUGUAUGUAGUGUGGAUUUGAUAUACCGGAAUGAACCAUACAAGCUUGUUUCCAUUCAUGCUCCGAAUGACGCACCGCUACGAAAAGAAUUCUUUUCAGGCCUGAGGCAGUAUCUUGACUCACCAUGCCGUACCAUGUUUGCCGGAGACUUUAAUUGUGUUUUACGUGCUUCAGACUGUUCGAAAAAGCGAUCGCCAGAUACCAGCCUAGCAGAGCUCAGGAAGCUUUUGAGAGACUAUGACUUGCAAGAUGUUACCGAGAUUGCGCCAGGAGAUAAUGAUGGUUUUACACAUUGGCAAGGGGACUGUCAUUCAAGGCUUGAUCGGUUUUACGUGUCUAGUGACCUCUCAUCGUACAACGUGCGUUAUAAAGUGCAACCUGUUGCAUUCUCAGAUCAUGCAUUUGUCACAGCCGUAUUUGAAGAAAAGAAAAUAACAAGAAAGAGGCACAAAGAGUGGCAGUUGUGGAAGCUGAAUGAGAGUCUGCUGGAUGACAAAGAAAU